AUGGUGGCCACAGGAUCAAAGAACAGAUUUGAUCGGAUGUUUUCGAAGCGCGAGUCUGCGCUGGAUUGGAUCGUCUUCCUGACCAAUGAUAACGAGGCAGACCGAAAGACAAUUGGGUCAGACGAUCUUAAACGAGCCGUCCAAUUUAUCAGCCCAGCUGACUACGAGGAUGAGAUUUUAAUCGAAAGGAAUAUGAACAAUUUGUGUGGCUAUCCAAUCUGCUUAGAAGUACCCAAGGAAAAGACGAUUGUCACUCCUAUCCGCAGAAAUCCAAGAAAUUCUAGCUAUCCCAAGGACACCGCUGAGAGUUCUUCUACUUGGAAGACGGUCACCUCGACCAUAUCUGCGAAUCAGCCGCAAGAACCUCGGUUUUGUAGUGAAAAAUGUCAGGCUCGAAGUGACUACUAUCUAACGCGAAUCUUGAAAAAUCCUUCACUCCGAUCUCGAAACACGGAUAAUCACAUCGGCAAUACUAAUGAUGACGCCAGGGAUGGAGCUUCCAAAAUCGUUUUACUAGAAGAUCUGGAUCAAUUUGAUAAUCGACCUGCAACUCAUUCAAAUACCUUGACAAAUCAACAAGCUGUUCCUCUAGACAACGGCCCCGCGUCAGAUGAAGACCAACAAACAAAGCCAAAACACGACUUUCUCGAACCUUUACUGACCCAAUUGCAAUCUCACAAUAAGGCUAAAUGGGUCGACAAGAACCUGAAUCCAAUCUUUUCAUCCAUCCGGAUCAUCGAACACCCUCCUCAAGCUAUACUAUCAUCAUCUAGCACAUCGAUCCCCCUCGCACCACACCCGUCAAAUGAUCAGGACCCUGACCAGAGAUUUUUCAAGCCCUCCACUUUCUCCGACUGCCCCCUCACAGGAGCAUCUGUCAAUCUACUCAAGUCUGAUCAAGAUCUCAAUCCGAUCCACGAGCUAUCUCCUGUGCUCAUUCAAACGCUCACCUCUCAAGCGAUACAUUCGAACUCCAACCCCCAUCGCUCCCUUGGCUCUAAGACUCGACCUCACGAUGAUCAUGACACGCUUCCUUCCGCUUUUGAAUCAGAGGCUCCUAUACCAGGUCUCCUCGAAGCCGAGAUCAUAUAUAAUGUCGGCUCUGUCGAGGAUCAGUAUGCUAUUGAUCAAGCUAUGGCUUUGCGCGAUCAGCUUGGACUUCAGUCUACAUGA